AUGCAAACAAGCACAAAAUCUGUAUUUUUUGUGGACGCUUCAAAAGCGCUCUCCCUGAUUCAUUCACCUGUCAGACGGGUGAGGGAAGACGCCCUGCCCUAUUGGACAUAUCCGGGUUUCGAGGUUUUCAACGGCAAAAACGUUGAGAUUGCGAUUGCACAAAACAAGCUUCGGCGUCACCGAGCGGCUGCCCACUAUACGGCAAAACGAAGCCCGUCGCUGGAAAACGUCGACGGUCGUCAUACAGUUGAUGGAUGUGUACUCUUAAAUUUUAAGGAAACUCUCCACCAUUACAGAAAAAAUACAUUCCCAUUAUUUUCAGCGGGCGCAUACAUUCGUCGUGGCAUCUUGUUAAAAGAAGCAACAAAGGAAAGCAAGAAGCGCCUGAGGCCGGAUCGUGAGAACCUUUUUUUGGCGAAGCCGGAAUCUGGAAAGCCUGCCAAGAAUUCAAAGACGGACGCCACCAUCCCGAAGAUGGACGCGGUCGAAACUACUCGACCUUUUCAGCACACCCCUCCGGCUAGGUACAAUGCGCCAUUAAUUCCUUUCACGGUUAUGAUGCCAAAUCCUUAUUAUAGCCAAAUGUUCCUGAGCGGCAUGCCCCCCUACCAAGCAGCGCUCAGUAGCUCAAAUGCUCCCAAACAAACACCAGAAACUGUACUUACUGUUAAUGGCGAAAGAAGCGAGCAAGUGAAAAACGAUGCGAUUGGUAAAGCGACACUGAACAAAUCAAAAGGAGAGAAGAAAGAUGUUCCAUCUACUGAGUGGUUCAACAAUUCAAUUUUUUACCCGCCUACCAUGACUCCCAUGCAAGCAGCACAAAACGUCCUGCCACAGUUUCUAAUGGUACCUCGCCCUACGUUUACAUCACCUGGGUUUGCUUCUACGCAGGGAUUAAUCAACAAAGGAGUUCCAAUUUCUUUGGCCUGUGACACGGAGCAGCUCUCGGAGUACCAGAUCUUAAUUCGGCAUCAGCUUGAGCUUUUUGAGGCUGGACCGGAGGAUGUAGAAUCCAACACACAAGGACGGAAAAAACCUGUAGUUCCAAUGCAAGUAGGACUACGCUGCCGGCACUGUGCUACAUUUCCUCUUCGGGCACGAGGCCGAGGUGCCGUAUACUAUCCAUCUAAGCUGUUCGGCAUCUAUCAAGCCGCUCAGAAUAUGGCUGGCAGCCAUUUGUGCAAUUCUUGUCAGCAGAUUCCUUACAAUCUAAAGCAGGCAAUCAAGAAGCUGCGAGAGCGACGCGAUAACGCAAGUGGAGGGAAACAGUACUGGGCAGACGGGGCUCGCGUUCUCGGGCUUUACGAGACCGACGCUGGGCUGAGGAUGAACGCCCCGGUACCUAAACCUGAUGUUGCUUAG